GUUCAGGCACGACUGCAUUCUGUUGCGAUUGUACGUACCGCUAUGAAUUCUUCACUAGUUAAAGGAAGGCAUCUUGUCUCAACGCUCUCGCGAUUGAAAACGCAAGUCCCCUAGCAACCCUGUGGCAAGAAAUAAAAUUUAUUGGCGUAAUUUUUUAACAUAUGCAAUGUUUAUUUGUUUGUGAAUAGGGAAUAUGUUUUGUUGCGUUACGUAAACUGGCUGCAAAUUAAGAAAGGGAGGAGCUUACAGCAAAGAAACUAUAUGAACCAACGGUAGCCAACAAUUCAAUAGUUUCUUUGCUUCGUUGGUAGCUGGCUGUGACUUGUUGUCUCAGUUUCUUCAUUUAAAAAACUUGCGCGUUUCUUAAACAUGACGGGAAGCGAGAAGGACACUUUAUCCUCACGUUGGGACCAAGUAAAGGGUCACUUGCGUGUCAAUCGAGCGCUCUUACCCCUGAAGGCUGUGAUGUUUCUUUUCUACGGAGCAUUUUCUGCUGUCCUUUUGCCGUACAUAACUCUUCACAUGCUCCAAAUUGGAAUUACCAUUGAAGAAGUAGGGAUCAUUUACGCCGUUCUUCCGUUUGCUUCUUGCCUUGGCCCGCCCAUUGCAGGAAUGAUUGCUGAUAAAAUAGGCAACUACAAAGUAGUUCUAAUGGGUAGCAUAUUUGCUACUGCCGGAUUUCACACAUUGUUGUUGACGAUUGAUGCCCAUGGGAUAAAUCCUACUCAAGUAGUGACUAACAGCAAUGAAUCAUCAACAAAUGAUUUGUCGGUAAAACUCAUGUGCGAUGAUAUUGGAAGAACUUUUCUGGAGUUACAAAACAAUUGCGCGAAUAAUACGUGUCCGUAUGAUAAUCUUUGGCUAAGAGGUCAACCAACCAUUCGUUUGAUGACUUCGGAGUGCAUUCCAUCCUGCGACGAAAAAGCAAAUAGCACAGAUACGUGCUUCUUAACAACUGAAACGAACGAUUGCUACCAUUCUUUAGAUGAGGACCUAUUUUUAAAGCUCGAACUGGAAAACAACAGCGUGUCUGCAGAUUCCAGCUUCUGCUCGUUUCCAGUUAAUCAGUUAUUUUUAUCGAAUUCUUCUGAAGUUUCCUUGAGCUGUGACUGCCCUCUUCAGUGCUCGGCAUUGAUGAUACAACCGUUGCUUCCUGCGUGUUCCGCAAAGGACGAUGAUUCGUCACUAUCGACAGCGGACAAUUACGAUUAUGCCAAACACAAUAAAGGAUUCUGGCUUUAUCUAUUUCUCCGGAUCAUGGCAAUGGCCACACUUGGAACGAGUUUUACCAUGCUCGAUGCAACCACAAUCUGCUUAAUCAAGAAAUAUAAAGGACAGUUGGGAAGGCAGAGACUUUUUGGAGUAUUAGGAUCUGCCGCUUUUGCCAUGACUACAGGAAUUCUUCUAGAUUGGGCGGCUACUCUAAAUAAUGGUAUCCGGGAUUACGCCGUCGCUUUUUAUUUUACCGAUUUGCUACUUGUUUUAGUGAUCGCAUUCUUACUGUUCCUCGAAGUGUCGGUUGAGAAAUCAGAAGGAAAUUUUUUAAAGAACGUUUCAAAGGUGUUGCGAUUGGUUCACAUAGACAUAUUCAUGGUGAUGAUGCUUCUCUUGGGAAUUUAUUGGGGUUUCUUAGAAGCAUUUCUCUUUAUUUUUCUCAUUGAGUUGAAUGCAUCGAGUUACUUACUAGGAUUCACGGUAACGUUGGGUGCUUUGGUGGGAGUACCCUUCCUUUACGUGUCGGAUAUUAUUGUGAAGAAAGUUGGAAAACUGGUGAUUUUGAUAACCGCCUUCUUCAUCUACAGCGUCCGUUUUAUUGGAUACUCCUUUAUAACGGAUCCUUGGAUGAGUCUACCAUUUGAAGCUUUGGAAGCGGUUACCAUACAUUUGAUGGGAGUUUCUUGCUCUAUGUAUUGCGCUCAAUACGCCCCACCCGGGCUUUUGGCUACUCUUCAAGGAAUGGCUGGUUCCUGCCAUUACGCAAUCGGCAGAGGAACGGGUAGUUUUAUAGGUGGUAUCCUUAUCGCUUCAUACGGAACUCGUGAGACUUUUCGCAUGUUUGGAAUAGCAGCUGGAAUAUGCGGAGUCCUUUAUGUCAUUUUUUAUUACACGUAUCUGCGAAAGAACAAACUGUCUAGAACGCGGAAGGUGCCAGCAACAGACAUUGAAGAAAAAAACGCAGAAGUAAUUUUUCACCAAGUGAAACAAACAGAUGCUCAAGAUGACGAUAAUGAAGAUAGGAUAAGCAGAAUAUAUUAAUGACCUUUUCUUCCGUAGAUAUCCCCAUCAUUACCAGAC